CGCGCCGCCAGGGAGCAUGCGCAGCAAGCACCAGGGAGGGCCGUCGCGGGCGCUGGUGGGGUUCCUGCGCUUGGCGCUUCCUGUCGCUGUCGGCCGCCAUGGCCUUUGCGCCGGUGGGGCCUGAGGCCUCGUUCUUCGAGGUUUUGGACCAACACAGGGCUUCGCUGCUGGCCGCCCUGAGGAGAGGCGGUGGGGAGCCCGCGGACGGGGGGACGCGCCUGGCCUCGAGUUCUGAGGUUCUUGCAUCUAUAGAAAGUGUUAUUCAAGACGUCAUCACCAGCCUGGCAAGAAAUAAAGCUCCCGUGUUCACAAUAGACAACAGAUCGAGCUGGGAAAAUAUAAAGUUUGAAGAUUCUGUGGGUCUUCAGAUGGUCCCUCAUUGUACCAGGAGAAAAAUCAAAAGUGAUUCACCAAAAUCAGUUAAAAAUUUUGCUCUCAUUCUUAAAAUAUUGUCCAUAAUUUAUAAAUUGGUACAGAGCAACACUCACGCAACCAAAAGAGACAUCUAUUAUACUGACAGCCAACUUUUUGGUAACCAGACGGUCGUGGACAAUAUUAUCAAUGACAUUUCUUGUAUGUUAAAAGUGCCGAGGAUGAGUCUACAUAUAUCAUCCACGUCAAAAGGUUUAAUUGCUGGCAACUUAAGGUAUAUCGAGGAAGACGGAACCAAAGUGCACUGUACCUGUGGUACAACAGCUGUUGCCGUGCCAUCUAAUAUUCAAGGUAUUCGAAAUAUAAUUACAGAUGCAAAAUUUCUGUUAAUUGUGGAAAAAGAUGCGACCUUUCAGCGACUCCUGGAUGACAACUUUUGCAACAGGAUGUCUCCGUGCAUUAUGGUUACGGGAAAGGGGGUACCUGAUCUGAACACGAGACUUUUAGUCAAGAAGCUGUGGGAUACGUUUCACAUUCCUGUUUUCACCCUUGUGGACGCCGACCCACAUGGCAUAGAAAUAAUGUGCAUCUAUAAGUAUGGAUCUAUGGCGAUGUCUUUUGAAGCCCAUAAUCUCACAGUUCCAGCUAUUAGAUGGCUUGGUCUCCUCCCUUCUGAUAUUAAACGAUUAAAUAUACCUAGAGAUACUUUAAUUCCACUGACAAAACGGGACCAGAUGAAACUGGACAGUGUCUUGAAAAGACCUUAUGUUACUUGCCAACCAUUUUGGAGAAAAGAAAUGGAAAUAAUGGCGGACUCUAAAAUGAAGGCAGAAAUUCAAGCUUUGACCUUCCUUUCAUCAGAUUACCUUUCCAGAGUGUACUUACCUAACAAAUUAAAAUUUGGAGGAUGGAUAUAAAACGUAUCAGAAUAUACCUUGUGAUUCCAAGAGGCUUUUCAUUAGUUUUCAGUAGUAGAUACUGUUGUGGAAAGAAUGUAUAUUCUUAACUCUGUAGAGGUAAAAUAAUUUUACGUUAGUUCUAUUUUUUGUCAAAACAGUUUUCUCUAGAAGUCUUUGUUUUGGCCUUCUCUGUAGAGAUUGAGUUCUAUCUUAUGUUCUAAAGUAAAUUAUAAAAGAAAUAGAAGUUAUUUUGACUUUUAAAUUCUACUUGAAAAAAAAUGUGUACAUGUCACCAAGGUCUACAGAAAUACCUUAUUUACUUUCUACAGUACGACUAAUGUUAAGGCACGAAGUAUCUUUUCAGUAUCAAAACAAAUAAUAACCUAGAUUUGAGAGGUUGCAAAUGAAUCACAGUAUCCGGCAUUUCCUUUUUAGCUGCUUUUUGUUUUCUUUUGUUUUGUUUUUUCUUUUUCCUUCUUGGUGUAGGGGCUGUAGCCCAUUCAUUCACUUGUGAAAGUGGUAAAAUUUAUUAUGAAUAAAUAUUUGGGUUGAUGCAAACCGAAGCACUUAA